ACUGUAGAAGAAGAGGUUGCCAUAUUGCAGUGAUACAGCGACUUUACCCGACAGAAGACUAAACACCGCUGUUUCUCUCGAACGAAGAUGAUUUCAGCGCAGAGUUUCGGAGACUCGGGGAAGAUGAAAGAAUACCACUACACUGGUCCAGUGGAGCAGCGGUUCUCACCGUACGCUUUCAACGGAGGAACUGUACUAGCUGUUGCUGGGGAAGACUUCGCCAUCGUAGCAUCAGACACCCGGCUGAGUGAAGGCUACUCCAUCCACAGCCGGGACUCACCAAAAUGCUACAAGCUGACUGACACAACUGUCAUAGGAUGCAGCGGUUUCCAUGGUGACUGUCUGACUCUGACCAAAAUCAUUGAUGCCAGACUAAAGAUGUACAAACACUCGAACAAUAAGAUGAUGACCAGUGGAGCCAUCGCAGCCAUGUUGUCAACCAUCCUGUAUGGCAGGAGGUUCUUCCCCUACUACGUCUACAACAUCAUUGGAGGACUUGAUGAGGAGGGCAAGGGAGCAGUGUACAGUUUUGACCCAGUGGGCUCUUAUCAGAGAGACACCUACAAGGCUGGAGGAUCAGCAAGUGCCAUGCUUCAGCCAUUGCUUGACAACCAGAUUGGCUUCAAGAACAUGGAGGGUGUGCAGCAUGUCCCUCUGUCCAAGGACAAGGCAGUGCAGCUGGUCAAAGAUGUCUUCAUCUCGGCCGCCGAGAGAGAUGUCUACACCGGAGAUGCUCUUCGGAUCUGCGUCAUCACCAAGGAGGGCAUUGAUGAGCAGACAAUGCCUUUGAGGAAAGACUGAGGAGUUAAAAUGAUAUUUCCAUCUGCCUCUGCUUUCUUCCUCGGUUUGUUCUUUCCACAUUCACCCUGUUGGUUUGGACCUUUUUACAUCAAGUUUCUUAAAACAGGAGUUUUGAUUCAGAGGUUGCUUCAAGAGGCCUCUUGUGUUAGGUUUUUACUGGGGGCUGGUUUUCCUAUGACUACACUGUACAUGUAUGAUCAGCUCUCCUGUUCUGAGAAGCAAGUACUAAACUCAGCCUCGCCUAGACAGCUUCUGUUUGGAUUUGUCGUGUUUUGGAAAGAUACAUACUCUGCUAUUCUUUUUACAUUCUUAAUAAAUGUAAAGAACUGAAAA